AUGAAAAUAACACCAAUAGAUCAUGCUCUUCAGCUUCUAAUGGUUCCUUAACUCAACUCUAAACUUAAUCAUUAAACUCUAUAUGAUCCUUAAGAAUACACUAAUAGAACUUCUAGGACUAAGGAGAGUGUCCACAAAACUUUUUAACUUUUUGUGUAUCCUGAAGAUGACUCCAGUGAUGCUGAUGAUGGAGAAGUCCAUAAGUAGCCUAGUAUGCACUCUGUAUUGUAUAACAAAUUAAAACUUGGAAACGUGCUAAAAAUAUAAAAAGCAAGAGAUGUGCUCAAGAUAAGAGGCCGUACAAAUACUGAGGAUCUGAUUCUGAGAAAUCAGGCUAAAAAGCAAAAGCAUAGAUAUAUGAUCAGGCAUGACUCCAAACUCAAAUAAUUGUGGGAUGCUUUCAUCAUUGCUUGCGCUAUUCUCAAUAGUGUUCUAAUACCAUUUUCACUUGCUUUUGAACCCUCAUUUACUAAGGGUAGUAUAUAUAAAGCUGUAGUGCUUACAAUAGACGGCAUUUUUUUCGUUGAUAUCAUAGUUUAAUUUAGAAGCUCAACCGUUAAUAUUUUGACUGGUGAAGAAAUUUCGGAUCCUAAUAAGGUGGCUAUAUAAUAUUUAACAUCUUUCAGAUUCUGGCUUGAUUUGCUCAGUAGUAUACCCUUCGACAAGUUAGGAAAUUCUAAGCUUCUUGUUAUUUUUGGAAUGCUAAAAAUAGUUAGACUAAGCAGAAUAGGAAAGCUAAUAGAUUCUAUAAACAUUAUCUCAUAAACAAAGACUAAUAAGACUUGGAUUCCCCCUUCGGAAACUCUUACUUUAGGAGCAAAAUAUUGGGACUCAGAUGAUAUUCUCAUGAAAUACUGCACAGUAUUAUACUAUGGAGUACUCAUGUAUCUUAUAAAUGAAACAGCUCCGACAGUUCUAUAUGAAAGACAAUUUGUGUAGAUAGUUGCAGUAUUUUCAGUUAUUGUUAACACCAACAUAUUUGGAACAAUUACUGUCCUUGUAGGAGAGCUCAAUAAGAAGCAAGUAUAAUUUUAAGAGUAACACGAUGCAGCUUCAACUGCAAUGUCAAACUUAUAAUUGCCAUUAGAUAUUUAGUUAGAAGUUAAGAGACACAUGGUGAUAAACGAGCUUACUAAGGAUGAACCUGAAGAACUUUAGAAUUUUCUCAAUAAUAUCUCUGAGAGUUUGAAACAAAAAGUUCAGAUUCUUGUCAUGACAAGAGUAAUGAAAGAUAACCAUAUCAUAAUAAAUAUAUCCUCUAGCAAUCUCAUGAUUGUUCUUGAGCAAAUCGUGUCAAAUAUGGAGUUGAUUCUCACUUCACCUGAAGAGGAGCUUAUCAGAGAAAAUGAAACUGUUGAUUGUAAAUUAACGAUUAUUAACCACUAUUUAGAAAAUCCUAAUAUGUAUUUUAUUGCUAUAGGAGGUUGUACAGUUUAUCAAGUCCCACAUUUUGAAUUUAUGAAAGAAGAUGACAAAAAUUCUCUACAAUUUAACUUUGAAUUGGUUACUUACUAAGCAGGAGACCAUUUGUAAAGACCAGGUGAUAUACCUGAUAGUAUGAUGAUAAUUCAAAAAGGAGUUGUUGACCUCUACACAAAAUUUAACAGCAAGCAUAAUUUUUCUAUCAUGUAUCUUAGGCAAGGGGCAGUUUUAAAUCAUACUCUGUUUUUAUUCAAGUAACCUGCCAUGAUACCAAUCAAGUGUUUGACCAAGGUUUAGGCACUUGUAUUGACAUUUGAAAAAGUACAACAAUUGAGAAAUAAAAAUCCAAAUAGCUCACUAAGCACUGAAUUAAAAACUCUCGAGGAAAAGAUGAGUAAAACCGGAUUCAAUAAAUUGUUUUUGGAUUAUAUAAUUGGUCCUAAUUAUGAAUCUGAUGAGUGGGCAAAAGUUGAUAAGAGAAGUGAGCAUACUAGAUAGCUUAAAAAUGCAAGUAUCUACUUAUUGGCAGAUUUUAGAGAAAAAAACAAAAAGCCUUAAGUAAAUGAAAUUCUGGCAUAGAUGAUUCAAGAAAAAAAGAAUCAAAUUAAAUAAUAAAAGUAGAGAUUGGGAGAGUUAAUGAAGCAGUAGAAAAAUAAGAAUAAAGAUUAGGAUUAGGAAUAAGAGGCUAAAAUUGAUUAUAUUGAUAGCUAAUAAGUCAAAGGUAUUCUUCAUUUUGUCCAUGAAUUAGAGAAAACAGUAGAUUUUCAAGGUCUUUGUAUUUAAAGAUUACAGCAUUAACUCAAUACUAGAGUCUUGAAUCCUAAUUAAUAAUCAAACCUAAGAAGAAAAAUUCAGACAAAUUAGAGAGCAUCUAUCAACAGAGAUUAAACUGAUGCUGUCUAUCUUAAUCAAUAGAAAGAUUUUGUGAGAGAUGAAGAACUUAAUUGGUUGAUUGGAGAAUAGAAUAAGCAAAGAAAGAAUGAAGAACUUAAGCAAAUGAAAGAUUUGAAAAAUAAUUAAAGCUUGAAGAAAAAUGGGAUGAUUGAGGACGAAGAACUAAGAGAACUAGAGAGGCAAUUAGCUUAUGUAGAAACAGGAACUGAUUUUAAAUAGGCAAAAGGUUUGAAAUCUAAUCAUUAGAAGAAUUAAAGCUAAACUUUAAAGAUGAAUUCUCCCUUAAAAUAACCAAAAUCUCCAACAAGUUCUAAAAAUCUUCUUGAUGCAAGCAUGAUAUCAGCAAAGUAAAUUUUGAUUAAAUAAAAACUAUAUAGAUAGCAAGAGGAAUAUGCCAAAGACAGUUUUUGUGGAUUAGAUGACCUUGAAAAAGAUAUUAAGGAAAUGGGACUUGAUAUAUCAGAAGACAAUAAACUAGAAACUUCAAAUUAAUUAAUCAAUUCGAAAUACAAGACUAAUCAGACUAAUAGUAAAAGUCCAUUAAAGCAGGCUGAAUCAGAUUGGGAUAAUAAAACAUAAGAUCAAAAAGAUAAUGAGAAAUUCAUCACUAAAAACUAUUAAAUCAAUGAAAAUUUGUGGUAAACUGGAGAAGAAAACAUUCAAUUCUGA